AUGUCCAGUCCAAAACAAUCCUGUCCGAAAAGACCAAGUGCCAAAACAACCUGGUCCAAAUAUGUCCAGUACCAAAACAAUCCUGUCCGAAAAGACCAAGUGCCAAAACAACCUGGUCCAAAUAGGUCGAGUACCAAAACAAUCCAGUCCGAAAAGACCAAGUGCCAAAACAAUCCGGUCCAAAAAGAGCAAGUGCCAAAACAACCCGGUCCAAAUAAGUCGAGUACCAAAACAACUCGGUUCAAAAAGGCCCAGCGCCAAAACAACCUGUUUCAAAAAGGCCCAAUGCCAAAACAACCUGGUUCAAAAAGGCCCAGUGCCAAAACAACCCGGUUCAAAAAGGUCCAGAACCAGGAAGGCCCAGACCAAAAAGUAUUGGGUUUCCAGAUAAAGGAGCCUGGUGCAAUGUCGUCUGGUCUGAGGGCUGUUAUAGUCCUCAUUGUCUCAACCUGGGUCAGCAGCUCACAUGUCAACGACCAAAGCAAUCAGUGUGACGCAAUUAUCAGGGAAGCGUAUAAAUACGCAUACGGACAUGCCCAGGUGGCGUUGUGCAAAGACAUGAUGCACGUUACCCACGGGGGAUCCAUGAAUAACGUGUGUCGCCUUAUCCGGAAAUUCCUUACAAAACACCAACAAAUACACUGUCUUCAUCACUGCAAACAUAUUUUGGAAUCCUCUCCACGGCCAAACUUUCCUGCUGUGAUACUUAAUAACAUUCGGCCAAGCUGCGACUCCCCGAGCAUGGCGUGUGACGGCGCCGCUCGCUACCGGACGUACAAUGGGACUUGCAAUAACAUGAGGAACGCGGACUGGGGUAGUUCCGGCCGCCUGCAGAAUAGGGUGCUCCCUAACAGAUAUGAAGACGGAACGAGCGUCCCGCGGGAAACCGGACAUGGCGGAAUGACACUGCCCAACCCAAGAACGAUCAGUAACACCGUCCAUCGCGCCGGAAACCAGAUGCUGGAGGAAAAGGCGUUCUCUUACAUGAUGAUGAUAUUCGGACAAUUCUUGGCCCACGAUAUUGUCCUCACUGAGAUGUUUACUCGGGAUGACGGGGAUCCUCUAGACUGCUGUCAAAAUGAUAGCGCAAACUCCGAGUGUUUUCCUAUCCACAUUCCCUCCGGUGACUCCUUCUUCCAGGACAUGUGCAUGCCCCUUGCCCGGUCCAAGGCUCAGAUCGACUGCAAUGGGAUCAGGCAGCAGUUUAACUCUCAGACAUCCUAUCUUGACUUGUCCGUGCUGUACGGAAGCGAUGAGGAAGAGGCGUUGUCCCUUAGGGAAAUGUCCGGAGGCCUUCUGAAGUCGAAUGGCGAAAAGUUGACACAGGAUUAUGACGGCGCUACAUGCAGUUUGGCGGGAGAUUUUGACAUCAAUAAUAAUUACUGUGGGAGAUCAGGCGACAUCCGCCUCCAUGAGCAGCCCGCCCUGGCGUCCAUGCACACGUUAUGGUUGAAUGAACACAACCGCGUGGCAAGAGAGUUGGCUCAUAUCAACCCGGCCUGGGGAGACGAGUGGUUAUAUCAGGAGACCCGGCGCAUCCUGAUCGCCGAGUGGCAGCACAUCGUGUUUUCUGAGUACCUACCCUUGGUACUUGGGCCGUACGCUAUGCGGAAAUAUGGCCUUACAGUCGAUCGAUGCAGCUAUAGAGACACGUAUAAUCCUGACGUCGACGCCACCGUCAUUAACGCGUUUGCCUCGGCAGCGAUGCGUUACGGCCACUCCCUGGUACACAAGAACAUCUCAAUGAUGGACGCUGCGCACGUGGAAACAAUGCCACCGGAAAAGCUGGAUGACCACUUCUUUAAAGUGGCGCUUUAUCACUCGAACGAGAACGAUGGCUUUGCCUAUCACCACAUACUGAGGUGGACAAUGGACAUCAAAUGUCCGAGAAUGGACGGAUUUUUGGAGACAAGUAUUCAAGAUAAUCUGUACAAGGACGAAAAUGAAGACUCCUUCGAUCUGGCCAGUAUCAACAUACACAGAGGUCGUGACCAUGGCAACGCACGGUAUAGUGAGUACCGGAAGUGGUGUGGACUGCCAGUUCCAAGACAUUUCGGCCCGGGGCAUGGAGGGCUGGUGGAUCACGACCGGUCAAUGGCUCGAAGACUCUCAGAGGUGUACAGGUGUACUGAUGAUAUAGAUCUGUUUACCGGCUUGGUGACUGAACGUAGGUCCCGAAAAAGCUUGCUGGGCCCACUAGCUCAAUGUCUCAUAGGCUCUCAGUUCAAGCGCUUGAAAGACGGUGAUCGGUUCUUUUAUGAAAGAGGCGAUCCAGUACAUGAAGAUGAUAGCUGCAGUAGGGAUAUAGACGACCACGGCAUUCAAGAUCGUUGA